CCAUGAAGCACGCGACGUCGAAACCUGCGGCGGCGGCGUCGCCCGAGACGCCCGCAUCGACCUCCUGGACGGCGCACGUGCUCAUUCACUACCGCUGGGUGUUUGUGUGCUUCUUCCUCCUCCCGCUCUCGUUCCUCUACGACGUUGCGUACUUUGUCCGGAGCCGCGUCAUCUUUUACCUUAACUCGGCGCCGCACCAGCACAAGAGCCGCGUCGCUAUCGUCCAGCGCCAGGUGCGGCAAUGGAUUGCGACUGGGCGGGCGAUGCCCAUGUGCACGGCGCGGCCGGGCUGGCAAAACAUCUCGUACCGUCGCGGCAAGUACAAGAAGACGCACUUUAACGUCAAAGUCGACAUGAUGGACAUUCUCGAAGUCAACACGUCGACCAAGACGGUGCGCGUCGAGCCGCUCGUGACCAUGGGCCAGCUCUCGGCGACGCUCAACCCGCUUGGGUGGACGCUCCCGAUCAUGCCAGAGCUUGACGACCUCACUGUUGGCGGCCUCGUCAUGGGCACGGGCAUCGAGACAUCGUCGCACCGCCACGGUUUGUUCCAGCACAUUUGCAAGUCGUACGAGCUCGUGCUUGCUGACGGUUCGGUCGUCACGUGCUCGAAAGAGUCGAACGCCGACCUCUUCUACGCCGUGCCCUGGUCCUACGGCACGCUCGGCCUCCUCACGGCGGUCGAAAUCGAAAUCAUUCCGUGCCUCCCCUACGUCAAGAUCGAGUACACGCCCGUGACGUCGCUCGACGAAGCGUGCCGCGUCUUUGAGCAAAAGAGCAAGUCGGUCGACCACCACUUUGUGGAGGCGCUCAUGUUCUCGCUCGAGACGGGUGUUGUCAUGACCGGGUCCAUGACAGCGUCAUACGAACCGACCAAGCUCAAUGCGAUUGGUACGUGGCACAAGCCGUGGUUCUUCAAGCACGUCGAGGGUAUUCUGGCCAAGAAGAGAGCUGUGACCGAGUAUAUUCCUCUGCGCGACUACUACCACCGCCACUCGCGCAGCAUCUUUUGGGAGCUCCAGGACAUUAUUCCGUUUGGCAACAACAUUGUCUUUCGGUACCUCCUCGGCUGGCUCGUGCCGCCCAAGGUGUCGCUCCUCAAGCUCACGCAAGGCAACGCGAUCAAGCAGCUGUACGACAACCACCACUUUAUCCAAGACAUGCUCGUGCCCCUCUCGACCCUCGAGCCCUCGCUGCGGUGCUUUCAUGACAACGUCCAGAUCUACCCGCUGUGGCUCUGCCCGUUCAAGCUCCCAAAGGAGCCCGGCAUGCUCCAGACCAAUUCGCAGGACGAGCUUUUUGUCGAUAUUGGCGCCUACGGUGUGCCGCAAGUCGACCAUUUCCGCCCGAUCGAGACCACCCGCCGUGUCGAAGAGUUUGUGCGCGGCGUCUCGGGCUUUCAAAUGCUGUAUGCCGACUCGUACAUGACCGAGCCUGAGUUUGAAGCCAUGUUUGACCACACGUUGUACAAGAAAAUGCGCGUCGAGCUCCAAUGCGACGGCGCGUUCCCAACUGUUUACGGCAAAGUUGCACGCGCGGUCCGUGACUAGAAACACCCAUACAUGAAUCAAAAUGUAGACUUGUUCAUUGCGCCGU